AUGGAAAAUUUGGUGCACAUUGGAAAUUGGUGUAGUCCAUUUAACUACACCAUAUUAUGGGCGCUUGAAUUAAACUCUAUUAAAUAUACACAAAUCCAAGAGGGUAUUACAAAUAAAUCAAGCUUAUUGUUUCAAGAACAUGAUCAAAAUCAUAGAAAUCAAGUGUAUAUGAUUCACAAUGGAAAAGUAGUUCAUGAAUCAUUGAUCAUCCUUGAAUAUCUUGAGGAGAAAUGGCCUCAUCUCAAUCCAUUAUUGCCUAAAUAUUCUUAUGAAAGAGCUAUGGCUAGAUUUUGGGCUAAUUUUGCUCAUCACAAGCUAUUUUUCAUCUUCAAUUAA